AUGCGUGCGGGGCGUACCGACGAGCUUGACGUGCGCCAGGUCGCGCACGUCCUGGCCGAAGAUCCUGGCGACCGCGCGCCACAGCACGGCACUGCGCUCGGCCUUCUUCGCGUCGUACGCCGCGGUGCCGGGCCGCAGCCCGGCCCACGCCGCGUACGGCUCCGUCGCGGGCGUGUACGCGUGCACGACGGCGAAGCCGUCCGGCGCGCGCCCCGGCUCCAGCACCGUCGGCACGGACACCAGCACGACGUUGUCUGGCGACGCGAUCCCGCGCGACCAGUCCUCGACCGACACGUAGUUGGCCUCGAGCGCGUCGGGGAUCUUGGCGCGCACCGCCGGAGUCAGCUCGAUGGCCAGGGGCAGGUGCAUGAACGACGGGCACAUGGGCGUGUCGGCCGACUUGGCCGCCGUGGGCUCGCGCGCCUCGUCCGAGAAAAACGAGGGGAAGUCCAACGAGGACACGUUGCUAAUCACGCCCUCCUUCGCCAUGGCCUUCUCCCCGGACUUCAACCUGACACCAACUGCCUUCCGCGCGUCCCCCGCGCCCUCGACCAAGAUUUUGACGACAGGUGCGCGCAAGGAGGUCGCUGGAGGCAGGAAUGGUUCUCUUCACGCUCUCUCAGAACUCUACAUCGCAAAAUUGAUCGAAGAACGGAAGGGAGGGUGGGGGGAGUGGUUGGUAAAUGGAUCUUCAAAUUUUUAGUGGGGGCAAGCUUGCCGCAAGAAUCGGCAAUCGAAAGAUCAUCUCGCCGCGAGCAAUGCACUCGGUGCAAGGAAUAGGAUUGCAAGCACGGUGGGCACGCAGAAAUGCAAGAGGCGACACACCAUUAUCCGAUACGAUCUUGUAAAUGACGAAGCCCGUUCCGGUUGUGA